CACAGGAUAAGAGCAAGGACAAGGAAAAGGACAAGGCGGCGGAAGGAAGUCAUGGGGACAACACAGAAGAGAAGGAGCCAGAGUCAGCCGUACAGACGUCACCACCCACAACAGGUGGCAUAGGGGGCGGAGGACUUGGACGCGCAGAGACUCCACAAGAUGUUGCACCACCAGUAUUGCCCCAACCACCGGUAGAAAAACCAGGACCAACGACAUCCACAGGACCGGGCGCAAGUAACGGACCAGGACCUGGACAACAACCCCCACCGCCACUAGCACCAGGUCCCGGAUCCUCCGGAACGGUAUAUCAGAAUACAGGAAGCACGUCAGGUACGCCUGAGGAUGACAUCACGCAGACGCCGCCAUCGGGUAAGUGCACUAACACAGCAGGGCAUGCAAGUACUGAUAAGGACGGAAACGUCGGUAGUGUCCAAAUUACUUUCAGCAGUAACAUACCAUCAUCUGAAUGUUCAGAUAAGAAGCCUAAAGCUAAGGAUGUAGAAACUAGUGAGGAUAAGUCAGCGUCAGGGCCACCAGCAGAACCAGCAGCAGCAGGGGGAUCUGAACCACAACCACCACCAACAACCACAACAACAGGAACAGAAACAACAUCAAACGCAACACCAGGGGCCGGUAACACCGUGCCCGCCGUCGAUGGCGGCGGCAACGAUGACCACCCUCCUCUCAAUCCACCCAAACCAAAACCGAACCCGAACCCAAAUCAACCGGGGUCGAGCGGCGACCACGGUAGCGCAAGUACUCAAGCGGAAGGUACUGAACCGGGUGCAGCAGGUGGCGAAG